AUGCGGGCAAAGGAUAAAGCAAUCUCUAAAGCAAUAUCUAAAGCAAUAUCUGAAGCAAACGGAAAAGAUGGGGAAACGUGCGAAGAAGUCCAAGAAAAAUUGGAAGCCCUUUACGGGGGUGUUGCUCUUUUGAGAAGCACUGUUUUUAGAUGGUACGUCGAGUUUUGUCGUGGUCGCACAUCCGUCUUUGAUGAUGAUCGUUCCGGGCGACCAAAAGAAGUUACCACCGAUGAUUUUGUCGAAAAAGUGCACGAUAUCAUAUUGGCCGACCGUCGAGUGAAGGUGCGUGAGAUAGCAGAUAUGGUAAAGAUCUCGAAAGAACGUAAAGGACAUAUCAUACAUGAGAAAGCUAUCGACACGAUGGGUGCCACGAUUGCUCAUCAUGGACCAAAAACGAAAUCGGGUAGUCACUUCGAAGAUGUGUUUGGAGCUGUUUCAGCGCAAUCAGGCAGACCAAGCAGCAGUCUAAAGUGGACUUUAUCUGGCGAAAGAGCUCUUAAGAAGGCCAAAACGAUCCCAUCGGCCGAAAAAGUCAUGGCUACGGUAUUCUGGGAUUGCCGCAGUGUAAUCUUCAUCGAUUAUUUGGACAAGGGAAGAUCUAUCACGGGGCAAUACUCCAGUGAUUUGCUGGUACGAUUCGACGUGGAACUGAAAAAGAAACGGCCUCAUCUUGCAAAGAAGAAAGUCCUAUUCCAUCACGAAAAUGCACCAGCACAUUCAUCCGUAAUCGCUACAGCUAAACUGAUCGAAUUGAGAUACGAACUGCUCACCCAUCCGCCAUAUUCUCCUGAUUUGGUCCCAGCGACAUUUUUCUGUUUUCCAACAUAA